CUCAGCCAAUCCCCUCGUUUUCCUUCUCUCUCUCUCUUGUUUCUCUCUCCUAAUCGUAGAGUUCUCUCUCUCUCUUCAUCGCUUUCUCGCUCCUCCUCUUCCCUCUCUAAUUUCCCUCCUCGAGUUCCUCCUCCUUGUGGAGGAGCCUUUCGGGUCGUCGCCCCCUCAGGCGUUCCGGUGCGGUUAAUUUGACCGGCGAGACCGAGAAUGAAUCGGUGCGGAUAUCAGCAGAAGAACGCCGUGGGAGGCUACGAGGGGAUGAGGAGGGUGGUGGAACCGGUGGUGUGCCCAAAACCUCGCCGAUUCGGCUUGUUGAAUCAGUCCACGGACGAUCCCGUCCGGCCUCUGAGACGUCAUAUCAAUCUCUACGCAGAGGCAGGGGAUUCAGCGGCCGGGACUGAGCUUCUUGACAUCAUAUUAACUAAGGGAGGUUAUGGAGGUGAGAGAUUGGCUGCUCCGGUGGCUUCAUCGCCGCCGUUUUUCUGCGGAUCUCCUCCGUGCAGGGUGUCAAACCCCGUGAUCCAAGAUGCCCAGUUUGGGACUGAGCAGUUCAUGCCAUCAUCUCCGGCACCACCAUCGCCAUCAUCCUUAUCUGCGCGUAAGGCAGGAGGAGGAGGAGGAGGAGGAUCUGUGAGGAUGAAGAUCGGGCACAAGCCCGCCGCUGUGAGAAUCGAAGGUUUCGAUUGCCUGGGGAGGGAUCGCCGCAAUUGCAGCAUCUCUGCCUUAGCUUAAUCAGAGGCCACAUAUAACAUAACUAUUUGCAGAGCAUGAAGGAAAAGGAAAGGCUGCUAAAAAAUUUUUGAGAUGGAAGAGCAGAGGUGGUAAUUUUGGGAGGAAAUGAAGAGGAGGAACUAAUUAAAGGCAAGGUGAAUCUGUAGUUUUCUACUACUACUACUUUGUAUAUAUGAGUCUAUGGGAUGUUGCUGAGUUUUUUUUUUUUGAAUUUUCUUGGGUGUCAAUCUCAAGAACUUGUACAUGUAACUUAUGGGUCGUGAGAGAUGUUAAAAUUUUUGCAGAAUAAAAGGGGGAGAGAAGUCUCUCUCUUUGUAGGGUGUCUGUCUGUACUUCGUUUCUGUGAGAGUUGGUUGAGAAGGAGGGAGGAAGGGGGAGGGAGUGAGUUUGUGUUGCUCUGUUUAGUCCUGUUUCAUCACUUUUAUUGCUCUGUCCUCCACUGCUAGUUGUAAUUUGUAAGAAGAAGUGGAGGAGUGACGUCUUUUUCUUUGGGAAUUUGACAUUUCGCUUGCAUCGUCCUGCAGCAAUCAAUAAGUCCUGUACAAAAGCACAUGGAUGAUGAGAUUUGGGCAAUCCAUAUAUGUAAAUAAUUGAAUUUCUUAUGUUUCUCCCUU